UAAGGAAGUCUUGAAUCUGCUCAGUCACACGUCAGACGACACUGUACACAGUGCUGGACUUCCUGGAUGUCUCCUCGUUCCAGUCCAGCCGGUUUGGCAGGUAGCGUCAUUUCUCCAGUUCUAUCUUGCUUCUUUUGCGUUGGAAUGACUUUGGUGAUCCAUCUCAACGCUCCUGUGAAGACGCUGUGGACAGUGUCCACCGCUGAAAGUCAAAGAAGACCACCACUGAGGAGUUAGGACUUCGGCCAAGAAAUGACAUCAAAACCUUCCACUGGAUGCCUUCAGCACAUCUUUAUAGCCAGCGCUCUGCUGCUGUGCUCUGCAGUUAUAUUCUACAUGUACUACAAGCCGACCAUGAGCUGGUUGCCAUGCUCUGAUACUGCACUACCCAAACAAGACGUCUGUACAGAGGAAUGCCUCCGUGUUCUUGAGGUGGAGAACCAAACUCAAAUUAUUACUGACUGCAGUGCAGUCCAGGAAAAGACACCAACCACUCAAUCACCAGUUUUGGAAAAGGAAGACACUGCAAACCCCCACAAACCUGAGAUAGUAGUCUUAGUCUGGAAGUGGCCUUUUGGAGAGCAAUUUGAUUUGGAAUCCUGUGAGUCAAAUUACGGUAUCAAAGGUUGCCGUUUAACGCUUGACAGAAAUCAACUUGACAAAGCCCACGCUGUAAUGUUCCAUGUGAGGGACAUCGGAGGCGAGGUAUCGAACCUGUUGACAUUAUCUCGACCUCCACGGCAGAAAUGGGUGUGGAUGAACAUGGAGUCUCCGGCACACACACCACAGCUGCAUGGAGCAGAUGACUUAUUCAACCUGACGUCAAACUAUCGGAGAGAUUCAGACGUCUGGGUUCCUUAUGGACGACUCAUAGACAUCUCUGAGAAGGACGAACCCUUUAAGAUACCGGAAAAAGACAAAUUAGUCUGCUGGAUCGUCAGCAACUGGAAUGGCAACUAUAGGCGAGUGGGUUACUUCAAUGAACUGAGCCAACACAUCAAAGUCGAGGCCUACGGGCGGCACUUUGGGAGGUACAUUAACAAGGAAGAUUAUGCUAAAGUCAUGUCAAGCUGCAAGUUCUACUUAGCGUUUGAGAACUCCGUCUUUAAAGACUACAUCACAGAGAAGCUCUUCAACACAAUGAGACUCGGCGCGGUUCCCGUGGUGCUUGGCCCAUCCAGGGAGAACUAUGAGGAAUAUAUACCAGGAGAUUCCUUCAUUCAUGUGGACGAUUUCAAAACAGCACAAGAACUGGCAGAACAUCUCAAACUUCUGGACCAGAACCAGGAGAUGUAUGAAAAGUACUUUGCCUGGCGAAAAGACUAUGUUGUGCAGCACUCUGCUUUUGGUCAGGAGCAUGCUUGCCGUAUUUGUGAUCAUGUAAGGAGGUACAAGACCUUUAGAAUAUUCAAAAGUGUUAAUAAGUGGUAUUGGAGCUAGCUAGCUUGUUGUAAAGUCAGCCUUGUGGUGUUUCACUCAGAGUGGGAAAGCUUGAUUCCAUAACAAAUCUAGAUUCAAAUGUCUUGUUUGCUAUGUUGGUCAUAGUCAAGAUCUAAGCCAUUAUUUUUUAAAUACCUUUCAAAUAUUUAAAAAUUAAUUCUGAGAUUUAAAAUCAGGUUCUAUUAAUUUAGGAAUUAAUGACUAUGACUAUCACCAACAUAACAAACAAAACAUUUGAAUCAAGGUUUGAAGAAGUGACAGACCCUGAGUGCAGCAGUGACUUCACAUCAUCUGACAUGAACCAUUGUUUUACUAAAUAAAUUAAUGGAAGAUAUUGAAGCUGUUAAUCAUAAGAUGCUUCAUUAUAAACUUGUCUUUUCAAAAGAAUUUGCGAAAACCAGAUAAAUUCCUCAUAAACAGAAGAAUGUAAAAACUUGGUGACAUUCUAACACUGACAAAACAAGGAUAGUUACUGGAUAUUUCCUUUUACUGUUUGAAUGGUGUGGCUCAGGGGCAUGUGCUAGUGCCAGUUUUGUUUAGUCUUUAUGUAUGUAUAUAGAUGACUUUGUAAUUAUUGUUUAUGGAAAAAGCAAUUUAACAAAUCGAGCAGCUCAGCUACACUGAGGUAUGAAAAAGAUGGCUCUUCAAGAGUUCUUUAAUGAAGAAAAUGGUUCUACAUAGAACCAUGAACACUCAAA